AUGGCUUCUGCAGCAAUUUCCUCAGUUGGCAAACUGGUUAUAGUGAAAAAUUCUGCAUUUUUUGGAACUGCAAUGUCCCUUCUUUCUCCUUACACCAUUGUUGUCUCAGGGAUUGAAGUCAAACCUGGUAAACCGUGUCCUUAUCACUCUGACAAUGUGCGAGGGAAGCUUCACGUUACUCAGGCCACUCUAGGCAUUGGCUCAUCGACGGAGAAAAGCAUUCUUCGGUGCUCUUCUGGACACAAAAGUCCAGUUUUUUUAUGUUCACUGCUACCAGAUAAGAUUGAGUCAUGCCCAUUGAAUCUUGAGUUUGACAUUGAUGAUUUAGUUGCAUUCUCAGUGAUUGGUUCUCGAAGCAUCCACCUUUCUGGUUUUUUUGCGGCUGAUGAUGGAGAUGAGCUUAAGGAUGACUAUGAGUAG